AUGUCAGCUAUCAAGGAUAUUGGAUAUUCCCCAUCAUCUGUGAGUGCCCCAGCCGCUGUGUCUAUCUCUCGCGCUCCUGGAUACCAUUAUCUAACAUUUGUUCCCUUUCCAGUUGGGGUCUCAAUUUUGGUCUCCGGUUUUUUUGCCGUUGUUGCCUUCAACGCUAGCGCAGUGAAGAAGUAUUGGGCAGGACGGUCGAAGCGACGCUCGCCCAAACGUGAUCGAGUGGAACGACCACAGCUGGAUCGAAGGUCUCUUACCCUGGAGGGCUCCAGUGGGAGUGAUACCCUGGUGUAG